AUGGAAAACGAGAUGCUUGCGGAUUAUCUCCAGCGGGAUGCAGAGAGGACGUCAGGUCUUGAGGACACCGACGAGGCCCUUUCAGACCUGCCGUCCUCGCCCGUUGACAAGGGCAAGAAGGCAGCCAAGGGUGGCCGGCAAGGUCAGCAGCGACGCCAGUUGCCGACUGCACUGAACCUGGAGGACAAGUUCAGGAUAGCCAACCAGGAGAUGGAAGCGCUGACAAAGGACAUCGUGACCCACUCAGACAUGUAA